GAGCUUGAUUCCUUUGGUGGAGUAAGUGUCACUAUAAUAGAAAUGCUGAGUAAAUAUUAAUCAAUAUGAAUAUAUAGGGCAAAUGUAUCUGUAUGCUAUUAAUAGCAUGUCAAAAAAACUCAAAAAAGUAACAAACAUAUUUACCUUGCAUACUCCUGCUCAUCAUGUAUGGAGCGAACAUCUACUGGUUCAGCACCAUCCUUCAAAAGCCUUCUUCCAGCAGAAUCAUAUUCAAAGUCCCUAUCAUGAAAAUGUUUGCUGCAUAUCAGUGCCACUUUCGGCAACGUUUUCUCCCAGUCAAUGCCAAGCAGUGAAAUCCAUAAAAUGCGCUUUGCUGGGUCAGAUGGGAGUCUAAAAUUGUAAACACAUGUCUUACACCAAUGAUCUGUCUAAUGAUUAUAAACUAGUUAGCACAAAAAUAUAAUCAAAUCAUGGCAAAAUCACGUUUACUUAAGUUGCAUGAAGAUUGUGUAUGUGGAUAUUUUUGUACUUGAUGAACUACACCCAGAACAUCUUUAAAUUGU